AUGGGCACCUACAGCAUCAGACACGCCCCAUGUCCCCCAGAGAGGAAGUAUCUCCAGCUCAAGAGAACCCAGAACUUGAAAGGAUUCCCCGGGCUCUGGCUGCGCCCCGGCUUCCGCCCCCACGCUGGUCUCCGCCCGCGCUGCAGCCGAUCUGUUCCACGGGGCCCGGCCUGGCCGUUGCCCAGGGAGGGACGCGCACCGCGAGACCUGGACAUCUCCGGCACGCCCCCCCCAGUCCCCGCCCCUACAGUCCCAACCCCCCAGGGUUCCAAUCCCCCCACGGCUCGUGCAACCCCCGCUUCGACUCGCGUGCUCUCGCGUGCUGGUCCCCAGUGGGUCCCCCGAGUCCUGCCCCACGCCGAGGGCGCGUCCGAGCGGCUGCCUGGGAAACCUGGCGGGACUGCGGCCUCCGGACCCCUCCGGGUUGCGCUGAGCAGGGGCGGGCUCGGGAUCUCCAGACCGCCCCGCCCCCGUCCCCUGAGAGCCCCCAGGGACGGCGUUGCCAGGUCCCGAUGCAGGGGGACGGAGGGAGGGGCUGGCCCCGGGGAAGUUACCCCGAAGGUCCCCAAGUUGGGGGGUGCCAGCGCUAAGCGCCGCUCGUGGCCCCUCGGACGGACCCCGCGACCAAGAGGGCGCGGAAAGCCCCUUCCUUUCCCGCCGUGUCCUCCCCCCGGGGUCCUCCGGCCCGUCCGCCCCCAGGGGCCAGGGCGGCGGCGCUCACCCUGCAUUCGGGCGUCCGGGGCUCCGGCUCGCUGCUCCCGCCUCCGGCUCCGGCUGCGGUUCCCGCGCCUUUGGGCCGAGCGCGGGCCGCCGAGGGCCGCGGGGGUGGCUGGCGGCGGAGCGGCCCGUGGGCCGGGGCAUGCUGGCGGCGACCACCGGCGGCCGGCGCGCUCCGCUCGGUGGGCUCGGCCCCGCCGCCCCUCCCUCCCCUGGGCGCCUCCGCCGCCGCCGCGCUCCGCUCCCGCCGCUCCGCUGCUGCGCCGGGCGGCCGGGGGCGGGGGGCGGGGGGCGGAGCAGGGCGCAUGUCUCCGGCGGGGCCUCCGCGCCGCCCCUCGGCCCGCCCCGCCUCCGCCCGCUCCGAGGCGCCGCAUCCGCGGCCGUCUGUCGGUCUCAGUCAGUCCGUCCGUCCGUCCGUCCAUCCGUCCGUCCGCAGCCCAGCCGUGCCCUCGCGUCCGUCCGCGGCCGGGCCGAGCCGCCCUGGGCCGGUGGCGCCUCCUGACAGCGCGGCGCCGCUGGCUCCCAGCUCGGCUCUGUGCACACUCCCGACGCCGCUUUUAG